UCACUAAAAUGGACUCGAAGCCAGCUAUUCUUGAAGAGCUGCUUGCUUCAGCAGCGACAGGGUGUCAAUUUAUGGAAUGGCUUUGUACGAGCACAACUCAAGGAGGCCAAUGAAGGUAUGUCUUUGUCUCAGUGUGGCGAGUGUUUCAAGCUCACAGAGUUCAUUGCUCAGAAUAAGACAGAGCUUGACCGUACUUACUCCAAGCUCACCUUUGCACAGAAACAAGUCUACAAAGGACAGAUUCUUGAGGCACGUGAAAAGAAGCAAUGGACUGCUCGGGCCAACCCAAAGGCAGUUCGACAUGACAUUAAUGCUUCAUUGGCCUCAAUGGAUCAUGAAGUAUGUAGUAUUUUGGAUGGCACUCUGCGCUUGAACUGGCACGGAGGGUUUUUAUAUUGUAGUGCACGGGGAGAUCGAAGACCUCUCAGAGCCCAAGGUUUUUUUCACUCAGAAGGCAGAAAAGUUAUUAAGGACAUUCUCCACAUGGAACCAUGGCACCUUGGACUCAAACUAGAGUCCUAUGUUAUCAGCGGCUUGGGUGUCACACCUAACCACCAGUGCCCAUUAAAUAAAAUCAUCAGUGAAUGCCGUACCUUUAUUCAGGAUGCGCUAAAGUCUAUUAUGCUCAAGAAAAAUAUCAAAUGCUCAGUUAAAAUGAACUAUACUAACUAUGAAUGCAAAAUUGUCGAGCACCAUGGUGUCGAGCUGGUGAAUUGGCCUCUCUCUGGUCCAGUGCACAACCCAAGUAAAGUAGGUGGCAGGAAUGAGGUUGAAAAGUUAUGGGGAGCCUUAGACAAGGGGACAUGCCAUUGGGUCACUCUGCCUGAUGAUGAUCGUAAAGCGCGGAUGCAGCUCAACUGA